AUGACCCCAACGGAGAACACGCAAACCCUCUGUGGAAUUGACUGUCUGCGUCAGAAGAUCCGCUGCGGAAGCACACGCCUGGGCGGGAAGGGCGCGUCUGGUGGUCAGCGUCGGGAGCUGAGGCCAGCUGGUGCUUGCGAGAUAAACAAGCUCUUCCUGAUCAACAACGAGCUAAUGGGUAUCACCCGCAACGCCUUCGCCGGCCUCGAGUCCUCCCUGCAGCAUAUCUACAUCAAGGACCCUGGACUCUACGACAUCCCCUUCGACACCCUCGACAACCUGGCCAACCUGAGGACCUGCGUGCUGGAGGACACGGACAUCAUCGAGAUCCCGAGGUUGUACUCACUCUCGAAGUUGGAGUUCCUGAAGAUCGACGGCUCGAGGGUGAGCUCCAUUCCUUCGGCGGCUUUCAGGUUCAUGCCCAACAUGAAGAAGGUGCACAUUUCGAACAGCCUUUUGAAGGAGGUCAAAGGGAAUGCACUUGAGGGCCUGGUGUACCUGAAGGAAGUCAAUUUCUCCAAUAAUAUCAUCGACUGGAUUCAUCCGCGGGCUUUCAGGACUCUCAACGCCGUCGAGCACUUGUCUCUUGCCGGAAAUGGCUUGUCUGACGCGGGUAUGGCCGUCCUGGCUGCGAGGGAGAUGAGAGAGCUCAGAAUCCUUGACAUGAGCCGCAACAAAAUCGUCGAGCUCAAAAAGGGGACGUUCGUUGACAUGCCGAACAUCCAGACGAUCAACCUCAGCGAAAACUUGGUCUCGAAGAUCGACCACGGCGCCUUCUUCCGCCUCCCCUCCGUCCGGAAACUCGACAUCAGCGGCAACGCGAUCGGGGAAUUCCACGCCGAUAUAUUCACAGAGUCGUCCAAUCUAGAGCACCUCAGCGUCGCUAGCAAUAACCUUACAUUCGUCGCCGAAAUGAGGUACAUCGCUCGGUCCCUCCCGAAUCUACGAAGUCUGGACAUCAGUAAAAAUCUUCUGAAAGCCGAUCAUCCAAAGGCAUUCGAGGGGCACCCCAAGCUGGAGGCCCUGAAGGUCGACCACAACAAGAUCGAGAGGCUGCAGCCAGGGACCUUCAAAGGCCUCCCAAAUCUGAGAGAAUUAUACUUGAGUCACAACCUGAUUAGAAGUGACCACAGUGAGCAACUGUGGAAUUUGCCAAAGCUCCGGGUACUCGACAUGUCCCACAACGAACUACGAAAGGUCGACGAUUCACUGUUCGAAGGUUUACCUCAUGUUAGCAGCGUGGAUCUUAGUUUCAACCUCAUUACCGACAUCAGUGCGGAAGCCUUCUUCGGCUCCCCUCAGGUGAAGAAUUUGAACAUGUCCUUCAACAGCAUAGGACUCUUGCCUGAAAAUGUCUUCCAGGUUCUCACAGAGCUGUUUGAACUGGAAAUGAGUUUUAAUGAGUUGACGGUUUUGUCCAGUGGUCUCUUCAAGGGGCUGACCAAACUGGAAUACCUUCAUGUCACCCACAACCAAAUCACCACAGUCGAACCAGGCACAUUCAGAGAUACAGGAAGCCUUCAGUACCUUGACCUCUCCGCCAAUUUCAUCCAAGAACUCCCUUCGGAGGCUCUGAGCAAGCUCGCCUCCCUCAAAGUGCUAAAACUCAACCGAAAUGCCAUCAACAAGGUCCAGGACAGCUACCUUUCAGGCCUGAAAGCCAUAGAGCACCUCGACCUCUCCAACAACCACAUCCAAGCGUUCAACCCGGUAGCCUUCACAGACAUGAGCCACCUUCGGGACGUGGACCUCAGCGUCAACUACAUCCAGAGCCUCCACCCAGACAUGUUCUCCUCCACGAAGCUCUUAGAGAAGCUCAACGUCAGCCACAACUAUAUUUCGAGCAUCGGCCAUGAAGCUUUCGUUAACCUGAAGAAGCUUCGUAUCCUCGACCUCACAAACAACUCGCUCACCGAUCUGGGAGACGCAGUGAUCGACCUCCCAGACCUCCAGGCUCUCUUCCUCAGCGAAAACUACAUCAACAGCCUCAAGAACUUGUCCUUCGCCGGCCUGUCAAGCCUCAGCAUCCUGCACUUCAAGAACAACGGCCUACAGACCUUUGAGACAACAGCCUUCCACGGACUGAGGUCCCUUGUGUACCUAGAUCUUCGAAACAACAACCUGGUGGAACUAAAUCCAGAUUCCUUCGUGGGUAUGACGUCGCUCCAGGAAAUGCAAAUCAGCAAAAACCAGAUUUCCGUCGUGAAGGACUUCUCAUUCUCGGAUCUCCCGGCGCUGAGGAGCUUAGAACUGCAGGAUAAUGUGAUCACGGAGAUCGGAGGACGCGCUUUCUUUAACGUCCCGACCAUGAAGUUCCUCAACCUCAGUCGCAACGGCCUUCAGGACAUUCCAGAAGAUGCCCUCGGGAAGAUUCCGUCGCUCGAUGUCCUGGAUUUGAGCUCAAACUUUAUCCUGGAGAUCAAGGAUUCCUCCUUCUAUCGUCUGGAGUGGCUCACCUGUGCUCAUGAUGCACGAUAACGACCUCUGCCGCAUGUCGCCGGGGGCCUUCGGCAGGCAGCGCGCCCUUCGAAUCCUCACACUCAACAACAACCAACUGAAGAGACUGCACCUCCACGCCCUCGGGAACACCAUCAAGGGCCU